UUAGGACACAAGUGUUGGUGUUAGAUCAGUGUCAACUGAUCACAAGGAAUUGCUUGUUGUAUUGGUGGUGUCCUUUUAUGUUGUCUUUAUUUUGUUGCAACUAAGUUAUUCCUCCUCCUCCUCUUCUUCUUCUUCUUAUUAUUAUUAUAGUAAUAAGGAAAUGGAUAAGGCUGGAAGAGCCAGAUAGAUGAAAGAAGGGGAGGGAGGAGUUGUGAAGUGGCCCUUUGUUAAAUAGAUGUCAUACACAGUCCCGAAUCCAUUCGGCUGCGUGGUGUGUGAGACUGCCAUCGACUGGCAUGGAAACUAAAAUAAUUUAUUUUACAGUAAAUGGAAGACCAGAGCAGGCUGAGUUUCCUAUCGACUGUCCUGCACAAGAUGUCAAAGAUCUGUUCCGAUCGGCAGCUGAAGCUGGUCCGCAUGAUAUCCUAAAACUCUACAAUCCCAAGGGCAACAUAAUUAAUAUCUCCCCUCAGCUGAGCCCCAACAGCCCUCACGCAUGCUACAAGCUGGAGGUGGUUGCUGCAGACUACAACAGUGAGCCAUUAGGUACAGAGCUGUCGGUGUCACUGGGCUUUGAUCUUUCCUCCAUGGAGAAAAGGUUACAAAGUCUAGAGAAGAAGAUUCUUGUUGAAUCUGGCAAGACACCAGCUGUUGUUUAUGAGAUGAAGCAACAGGUGGAGUCUUUCAGGGAAAAACUCGAGAGUGUGGAGCACCUGAGCUGGCUGGGUCUGUUUAAGGAAAUGUCCGAGGGCACUCACAAACCCUCUCCAUUCUACCACAAGAGAACACUGCGCAAGACACGUGAAGAGUGUGAACAUGUCAAAGAAAAGUUCUUCCAGAUGAGUACCCUGGAGGUCUCCGAGGAGGUGAGGCAAUACCUUAAAACACCAACCUUUGAUAACUGGCAGUGGGAAGAUGCUGAGAUCAUGGUGUUGCUCCAGGUGAUGUACACAGACCUGGAGUUUAUCUCCACCUUUAACAUAGAGCUGGAUGUGCUGCAGCAUUUCCUCUAUGAAGUCUACAAGCGCUACAACAACAUCCCUUUCCACAACUUCAAGCACUGCUUCUGUGUCACUCAAAUGAUGUAUGGCCUGAUAUGGUUAACAGAUCUGAGGGCUAAGAUAGAUAGCAUCGACCUCUUAAUCAUGCUGACCUCAGCUGUAUGUCAUGAUUUAGACCACACCGGCUACAACAAUGCUUACCAGAUUAAUGCGCGCACUGAACUCGCCUUGAGGUACAAUGACAUCUCUCCUUUGGAAAAUCAUCACUGUGCUGUAGCAUUUGAGAUACUGGAAAAGACCGAAAGCAACAUUUUCCGGAACCUGACAACAGAUCAGUACAAGAGGAUAAGGGAGGGCAUAAUUAAGUGUAUCCUGGCCACAGACAUGAGUAGGCACACUGAGAUCCUCAACAAGUUUAAAGCCAUCCUGCCUGUGUUUGACUUCAGCAACAAGGAUCACAGGGAUGUGCUGAUGAUGAUUAUGAUCAAAGUGAGUGACAUCUCUAAUGAAGCGAGGCCCAUGGACGUGGCUGAACCAUGGCUGGACUGCUUGUUGCAGGAGUUUUUCAACCAGAGUGACAUGGAGAAGCUAGAGGGACUUCCUGUCACACCAUUUAUGGACCGGGACAAGGUGACUAAGCCCUCCUCUCAGACUGGCUUCAUUCGCUUUGUUCUAUUCCCGCUGUUCAUCGAGCUAGCUAAUCUCUUCCCCUGUCUCGAGCAACAUAUCAUUGACCCGGUGAGGAAAGCCCUGGAUUACUACACGGAGAUGGAGAAAGCAUUAGAAAAAGAGAAGCAGAAUCGAGCCCAGAGUGAAAAAACAACAAAGCCCAAAGAGAGUACAAACGACUCUGAGCUUCCACUAGAGUCUGAAUUGACACUGAAACCAAGCUCUGUGUAAUGACAACAUGCUGGCUGUGUGUAAUAGCGGGAGAGAAUACUAUAGUUUUACUGAAUAAUGGGCUUCCUUUUUAAACAUUACAUAAAAGCAACAAAAAUAAAUAAAUAAAAACAAAUAAGAGGUUUAAUAGUAUUUGUUUCAGACCCUGUUAGACAGCUGUGAUGAACAUGCUAUUCUGUCUGAGGAAAGGACUAUUUUGUAAACUGUUUGCGGUGUGAAGGUUUUUAAAUUUAUUUCCUUUAAAUUUCAAAAGGAUCUUUAAUUUAGAAUAUUGGUACUGCGAAUAAAUUUAAGUGAAGUGACAGAAUGACUUCUGAGUCCAUUCAGGAAGUGUACAGUGUGCUGUUAGUAUAUUUAACCAAAAAACAGACUUGUGUGAGGGUGUAGUAUUCAGCAGGGAAGCCCAUAAAAUGUUAUUACUUUACAGGAUAAUAUAAUGUAAUAAAUCAUCAUGUACAGUGUAUAACUGAAUGUCUUUUAAGAACAUGUACUGAACAUGUACAUAGAAAAGUAGUGAUAACAUCACUUUUGCAUCUGUCAAUAUAAUUACUAAAGUGCACCUAUUAUGGUUUUUCAGAUAUUACCUUUCAUGUGGUGUGUUAUAGAGCUGUUUGUGAAUGUAAAAAGUUUCAAAAAUGAAAAUGCACUACGCACAGAGUUAUUGACUCGCAAAAGAAGGAAGCGAUUUUUAACAGCUGAAACGAGUCGUUAGUAAAUCCAGACUUACUUCCUGUACUAACCUACGUAGGUACGUAACAAAAAGCCCCGCCUCUGGUCUUCAGCGGCUGCUCGCGAACAUAUGGAGCUGAAACUCGUUAUGGUAGUGGGCGUUUCCUUUUUGAAACACGCUGACAGCGGUAGACCAAUCACAACAGACUGGGACAUCUGACCAAGCAGAGUAGAGCAGAGUUUAGAAGGAAUCCUUUAGAACAGAUCAUUUAACGAGUCGUUUUUGACACUGGGGGAAAAAAGGUAAUGUUCCAGUUUAAAUUAUGAGCACGUUAAAGUGUUUUUUGACCUUUGGUGCAUGUAAAUCUAUUGUAUGAGACCUUUAAAACAAAAUUUGGGAUGUUUCAAAACCAUAAUAAAUGCAUUUUAACAUUCUUAUGGCUCUCAGGUCAGCGAUCAUGUGUGUACUCUGUAUUAUUACAUUUUGAGUGUAGACUAAGCCUCUCAUGGCUGCCUGUAUGAGGACAGAUGAAUAAAUUAACAGAUUAACAGGAGAGAACCGGAUGAGCCCAGAUGCUUUGCUCACUAGUCUCAAGUCUCAAGAUCAACAUUAGUUACAUCCAUGUGAAAGCAAGAUACAUAUUAGCCAAGAUCCAUGAGUAGGUGGUGCCUGAAUUAAUACAAGGAAUAGAAUUGAGAAGGAGUAUGAGUGAUAAAUAGCAUUUUUUGCAAUAUACAAGCAAACAGAUGAAAGCAAAGCUAGUGACACACAGUCUUAAUAUAGGAAUUGGCACACAGAGUCCACACAGGCAGGCUAUAACCAAUCAGACCCAGCUUGGAAGCGGUUCAAACGAUGCAGGUGGUCAGUGCUGAGAAAGAAAAACUAGUAUUAAAUCACAUCAAAGCUUUUUAGAUCUUAUAGAUUCAU